UAACGAAACGUAAUUGGUUUUUCUGACUAAUUUUUCUUCAUUCACCUCGCAUUCUUGUUUCAUUGACGUUCCUUUUGUUUGUAAAUAUUAUCGGCUGGAAAUAGUACGCAAUGUGAAAUUACACGCAUUCCUCGACGGUCUGUUCGUUACGUAAACGUUAGAUGUACCAUACAACUGGAAACUAUGUUUGAACAUUUGUCAUAACCUAGUGCUUGUGUUUUGUAAAAUUUCUUUUGAAUGUGCAAUUAUGUGAAAGAAUAAUGCCGCCUUUUAGAAGAAAGAAGGCUGCCAAGUCUUUUCCCGUAAAAGUGUGUACUUUGGAUGCCGAGUUAGAAUUUAACCUUGAGUGGAGAGCAACAGGCCGGGACCUGUUUGACCUGGUGUGCAGGACAAUAGGGCUCCGUGAGACAUGGUUCUUUGGACUGCAAUUUGAGGAUACAAAGCACUUUAUAAGUUGGCUUAAAUUGGACAAACGAGUACAAGACCAAUGUGUAUCACAAAUGCCGGGUACACCUUUCAUGUUGCUAUGCAAGCUGUACCCGGAAGACGUAGCGGAGGAACUGAUCCAGGAGGUGACGCAGCAUCUGCUCUUCCUGCAAGUGAAACAGGCAAUACUUAGCAUGGAUAUAUACUGCCCACCGGAAGCAUCGGUACUACUGGCCAGUUACGCUGUGCAAGCUAAGUAUGGAGACUAUGAUGAAAGUGCAUCCAAGCCGGGCAUGCUGGCUAGCGAGGAUUUACUGCCGCAGCGCGUUAUUGACCAGUAUCAAAUGACACCGGAGAUGUGGGAGGAUCGCAUUAAGAUAUGGUAUGCCGAUCACAAAGGUAUGUCAAGGGAUGAAGCAGAGAUGGAGUAUUUGAAGAUAGCUCAAGAUCUGGAUAUGUAUGGAGUUAAUUAUUUUGCUAUUAAUAAUAAAAAGGAAACUGAUCUGUACCUAGGCGUGACAGCUUUAGGACUUAACAUCUACGAGAAGGAUAACAAGCUGACACCAAAGACAACAUUCCCCUGGUCCGAGAUCAAACAUAUAUCGUUUGAUGAUAAGAAAUUCGUCAUCAAAUUUGUUGAUAAAAGUGUUACUAAUUUUAUAUUCUUCUCACCAAAGGGUAUGAAUAAACUGAUUCUAGAUCUGUGUAUAGGCAAUCACGAUCUGUACAUGAGACGCCGCAAGCCUGACACUAUGGAGGUGCAGCAGAUGAAGGCUCAGGCCAAGGAGGAGAAACAGCGUCGUCAGAUCGAGCGCAACAAGCUGGCGCGUGAGAAGCAGCUGCGUGAGGCGGCGGAGCGCGACCGCAGCGCCAUGGAGCAGCGCCUGCUGCAGUACCAGGAGGAGAUACGACUCGCCAACGACGCACUCCGGCGGUCAGAGGAGACAGCGGAGCUGCUGGCGGAGAAGGGUCGCGUGGCGGAGGAGGAGGCCUCGCUGCUGGCGCAGAAGGCGGCAGACGUGGAGCGCGAGAACGCACGCCUCAGACUGUCCAAUAUCAAGACUGAGGAGGAGAAGGUACACCUGGAGCGGAAGACACGCGAGGCGGAGUUCCUGACGGCGAGGCUGGUGGAGGAGUCAGAGAAGCGCGCGGCGGAGGCGGCACGUCUGCGCGGCGAGCUGGCGGCAGCGCGCCUCGCUGAGAAGACCGCCAAGGAGAAGCUCAUCAACUUCCUCACCACAUCGUCCACCUCGUCGACAGCAUCGCUACCGCCCGGCACCAAGUGUUCAACAGUACCAUCGAGUUUGUUCCCGUCGACGUGUUCGUUGCCUGCCGAGCUGGGCGAUGGGCGGGGCGAGGUGGAAGUGGCGUGCGCGGGGGGCGUCACUCUGCACAACGGCGCCCCCGAGACUGACCUCAACUCCUACCAGCUGGUGCCUGACGACUCCGACCCGCAUAUACAUCGGCUGUCGCUGGAGAUUGAGAAGGAGAGAGUGGAAUACUUGGCGAAGUCGCAGCACCUGCAGCGUCAGCUGGAGUCGCUGCGGUGCGAGUUCUCAGUGCUGCGCGUGGAGGGGGCGGAGCGCGCGGCGGAGACGUGCGCGGUGGUGGGCGGGGCGGGGGGCGUGGACAAGUACGCGACGCUGCGCCGCCUGCGCCAGGGCUCCGCCAACACACGCGUAGCAUUCUAUGAACAGCUUUGAACUCACACCAGGUAUGGUGUAGUCUAGGAGCAAGUAUUCCACAAUUAGUAUAAAUAAUGUGCCUUAUUUAUAUAAAAUAAGUAGAUUUGUACAGUUGUUUGUGUACGGACAAGUUGUCAAUAUUUUGUUAUGAUAUAUUUAUGUAUUAAGUGACAGUAAUUUCAUUUUAAAUAUUUCUCAAUACCUAAAGUAUUUAGUUAAGAAAAAUCAAUAGUGAAAUUAAUAAACCGAUUUAACAGAAUGUAAAUUUUAUUUGAAAUUGUCUUUGGCUCUCACUCAGUUGUCUUUGGUUUGGAGAUUAAAAUAAUAUGGCAUAAUAAAAUCUAUAUAUUUUUAACUAAAUAAUAAAUAUUGUUGUUAUUUAA